AGAAUUGGUUCUUGUAUUUGCAUAAAAAGACUUGCCAAAAUAUUGUACAAAUUAAACAAAUCUUUCGAUUAUCAUUUUUAACUUAAAUUCAAGUUCCUGCUUUUGCAAAAUAACGAGCUUAAAAAAUCAAUUGUGUCAACCCCUUGUGGUGGCGUCAGCAGCAGUGAUUGUGAGUCACUUGCGAAAAUUUCCCAAACCUGCUACAAAAAAAAAAUCGCAACCACUUGCUAAGUCAUCAGUUCAACGUAAACACCGCAAAUAAAUAAUCACGCAAUGGCUGCAAUUGUGGAAAAUGAGCCGCGCACGGAGUUGCAGGAGCUGCAGCUUAAAUCCGCUCAAGUGGCCGACGAGUCGUUGGAAAGUACUCGACGCAUGCUUAGUUUGAUGGAUGAAUCUAAGGAAGCAGGCAUACGCACUCUGGUAGCCCUGGACGAUCAGGGCGAGCAGCUAGAUCGCAUUGAGGAGGGCAUGGAUCGCAUCAAUGCAGAUAUGCGAGAGGCAGAAAAGAAUCUUAGUGGCAUGGAGAAGUGCUGCGGUGUCUGUGUACUGCCGUGGAAGAAGGUCAACAUAAAGGAUGACGGCGAUAGUGCCUGGAAGGCUAACGACGAUGGAAAAGUGGUGGCCAGUCAGCCGCAGCGUGUCAUUGAUGAGCGCGAGCGUGGCGGCAUGGGCGCACCACCACAAUCCGGGUAUAUAGCGCGCAUAACCAACGAUGCGCGCGAGGAUGAAAUGGAUGAGAAUUUGGGACAAGUGAACUCAAUGCUAGGAAACUUGCGCAACAUGGCCUUGGACAUGGGAUCCGAGUUGGAGAACCAAAACAAGCAAGUUGAUCGCAUCAAUGCCAAAGGUGAUGCGAACAACACUCGCAUGGAUGGUGUUAAUAAACGCGCAAACAAUCUGCUCAAGAGUUAAACUGCACAAUUGUAUGCACUCAAAGCGAUAAUGAUUAACCUAAUCAAAGGCUCCUCCCACUCUCCAUAUACUCGAAACAACUUACUAUCUCACCUAAACUUACACAACCACCACCACCACCACCACCACCAACUACUACAACAACAGGGAACACAUGUUGUGGGCACAAAUAUACUAGCAGUAGCGGCAUUAUUUUUUGAUUUAUUUGUUGCUACUGCGUUAUCAAACUAUAUUAUACGUAUAUACUUACUAAAGCAAAACUGAAGAGAAAUUAAUAAUUACGAAUAACCCAUCUAUAUAAUGUAUCUACACGUAUACCUAUCGUCUAACUACUAACAACCUUUACCAAAAUUUUAUAAUGAGAUAUUUCGUAUAAAUGUACCCAAGUUUUUGGUACAAACAUUUUGAGGCAUUUUACGACCUUUAUGAUUCAAACUAAGCAACUUUGUAUGUUAUCUAUAUGAUAAAAUAUUUACAACUUG